AUGACCUCUGAGGUCUAUGCCACCCGUGACGAUGGCAAGCCCAAGGUCCUAGCUUCCGUCCGCCCAAAUGCGGCCACGGGCAGGUAUGAUCUCACGCUGACCGGGCUCGACGCUCUCGGUGUCCAGGGUGACAGCGUCCAGGUUAAGACCCUGCGCUUCAAAGGCCCAGAUGUCAACACGGCUGCGUAUGCUUUUGAGCUCUGA